AUGGGGCACUCAGUCUGGUAUUUAGAGAAUAGAGACAUGUGCCAAUUUAUUCCAAAGUAUAUUGUAAAGAUUGAAAAACAGCCCGCUCUUGUAGAGUCCAUAACUGAAGUAGAUUUUGACGUAUCUGCAGGACCAUCAAUUCUGAAUGGCCAAGAAAAGCUAACAGCGCUAGAGGAAAGUAUGUUUGCCUUCUCUGCUCUUCCAGAUAUUCGGUCUAAAGAAAUGCACAAAGAGUCCUUUGUCUUUAACCUUGAGAACAAGAUGUAUCAUGUGUCGUUUAUUCAGGAGGAAGACCCAAGUAAAGUGCGCGGGUGCACGCAAAAAAGCAUUGCAAUUCAGUGCUGCCGGUAUCUUCCUGUGCUGCCGCUGAUCAUGUCCCAGAAGCUGUGCUCUUCUAAGAUGUACACACCAGAAAUAGCUCUGGAAGCGCUAAAAACCCUAGAGCUUCCUUCAAAUAAAGAGGCGCUGCGCAUCCUGCAUGAGCACAUUCCACCGCAUGUGCAUGCUCUCCUGGAAAAGCACAAAAACACUAUUAUAGAGAACCUUAUGCGGUGCAAGAGCUUCUUGGUGAUAGGCCCCACGCCUACUGCGGUGUCCUUAACUGUAAGCUAUCUUUCUAUGUUCUGUGGCACCCGAUAUGGUGGAAAGGUGCUUCCAUACAGAUCCUCCUUUGUAAAUAGCCCCUUGCCGCCAAGCUCAAUUUUAGGGGUAACAAAUGAGCACUUUUAUAAGCAAGCCAGGUUUGACAACAUAAUUAAUACAACAGAGGGCGGAUAUUAUUAUAAAGAGAAAAAAUGCACAGAGGACUUGGAAAGGCUAUUUGGCGAAAUGGAGGAGUUCUUCUUGGAUAGUCCAGAAAGCUUCCACGUAGAGAGGUGGCUUUGUCGCAUGUCUGACUUUGGGGCAAGCAUACGAGCAAGAAGAAUCUUCAGAGAGUUUUUUAACAGCGCAAAUUUUGUAGAAUGGCUGUCAUCGCACGGGUAUCAAGAGGUACUGGGGGGAAAUAAAGAGAAACCUCUUUCUCAAAUGGAUCUUAACUAA